AUGCAUUACUAUCUCCACUACCUCUACACUGGCCCGAUCUUCUUCAUGGACGGACAUGCCAUGGGAGACUUGCACGUCAUCGGCGCGGAUGCGUAUUCCCUGGACAAUGUCAUUUUGCGUUUCUUUUUUUGAAGUCGAUGUACAAAGACAGUAGCUACGUAGUAUCCUGACCUCGAUGUCGUCGAGACAAUCUACAGCGCCACUGGUCCUGCCUCCUCAGGCCGCAGACUCAUGGUAGGAAUCUACAUCCGACUCGUACCGUCCGAGCGGAUCAACGGUCAGCAUAUGCUCCGUGAGUUCAAGGAGGAUCUGCUCGGGCAGCUGAUGGUGGCAUCGGCGGCGAGGCGUGGUCUGAGGUAUGAGGAGGUGUUCCCUCCCCUUGAGACCACCGACUAUUAUCAAGAAGAGGAGGAGGAGGACUAG